AUGGAUCAUUUGGAAUACGCCAUUCGUGAUUUCGGCUUGCAUCAAUACGGGAUCACUCCCACCUUGAUUGUAAUUUUAUCUGCAAGUACCAUCAUCACUUCCAUUGCAUUGAUCUUGAUCUUUCGAAAACUCUCCAAACUUUCAAAUUCCAUUUCCAAUCAUCAUCAUUCUCACACGAAAAUAGCCUCCUCCAAUCAUAAUGAAACACCUCCUCCGAUCAAGAAAGAAUUAACUUUCCCACAACAACAAGAUGAAUUGCAUUCUUCUUCAUUUCAAAUUCAAAUACGAAAAGAUUCUGAAUUACCUUCCGAACAAGAAUGUAUUAAAUUGUUAAUUGAAAAGGAGAAAUUUUCAAUGGGAGAAAUUUCGAAUGGUGGAGUGGAAACAUCACAAGAAUCAGUCUCUUCUUCGGUACGAGCUUUUUGGUCAUUGGGAGCUCAUUCCACUCGAAUUUCUAUUCAUAGCCUGUCAGCUGCCAAAAACGAGACUUCUCCUCCUGUGCGAAAUGUGAAAGAAAGUGUGAAACACAUGAAACAAGUCACUGUGGUUGGUGAAAAGAAAUUUAACACAAGUGCUGUAUUAACUCCAAGAGAAGGUACUUUAAAUAACAAGGGAAAUAAUCGAAGAUUUAGUACCAACAAGCGCUCUUCACUGGGUGGUGCUUUGAACAAGACAAAUUCCACAAGUAACUCUCCAGUUGUGGUCGCUUAUGGCAAUGAAUGUGUGGAUCAUCGAGCUGAAUUUAUUUUACAUUAUCCCUUAAAGAAAUAUUUGGAUCAAUAUGUGAAUGUGAAUCAUUUGGAAUAUCCAUUUCAUCCCAAACAUGGAACGCCGUAUUCUCAUGCCGAUUCACUACUGCCCUAUUGUACCGAAUUAUUGGAAGAGAAAAUUGUGAGAAAAUCUGUCCUGGCAACACUCGACUCUGAAUGUCAAAAAACACUCUUUUGUGCUCUUCCAUUUUAUUUAUAUUGUGAUAUUCCAUUUAAGGGAAGAUUGUUGGCAAGUGCGUUUGAUGAUUGGAAUUAUGAUCGAGUGUACAUGUGUUUGGAACAUGUUUUACCCAUUUUCAGUGUAGGUAAAUGCAGUGGAUUGAGUGUGGAUUGUGGAGAAUUAUUUUCAGUUUCAGUGCCAGUGUAUGAAGGAAUUGCUGUGAGACAAGCUCUCGAAGCAAUGCCUAUUGCAGGAUAUACCAUUGAUGAGAUUUUUCAAAAGAUGUUGGAGAGAAAUUUAUGUACCAAUGACACGACUUUGAAAUUUACUUCGAGCACAGAAAAGGAAAUUUUGAAGGAUAUUAAGGAAAAGAUGUGUUGUGUGAAAACGUCAGCAACUAGUUGUCGUGUUUCGUCAAGUGAUCUCACGUAUGAACUUCCUGAUAAGAGUGUUAUUAGAAUUCCAGAACAAGCAGCCAAUAUUCUCUCUGAUUGUACAGAAUACUUGUUUAAUGCCAGAGUAGAUGCAGACUUUUAUGGACCAUGGUCACAAAAUAAUUCCAUUCAAGAGUGCGUGGUUAAAUCUUUAGAAAAAUUGUCACGAGUAGAUAUGGAAGCAAAAAAUGCCAUGACAAAGAAUAUUGUCUUGAGUGGUGGCACCUGCUUAUUGGAUGGGUUUGUGAAUCGCUUUGCAUCUGAGUUGGAAAACGCCAUGAAUCAAAAUGAAACAUUGAGAAAAACAUUUAUCAAGAAGGGAGAGUCAGAACACAAUGUAAACAUUAUGACACGAACAAGAGACGAUUCUGUGACAUUGGGAGCUGAUAUUUUCAUGUCAUUGAACACUUUUAAUGAUUUGUGUGUGGUAGAGAGCAAUAUGACGAAAAUGGAGAACAUUUUCUAG